ACAUUUCAUCUGCGCAGUGCGCAAGCGUUGGCGACACAUCUUAUAUCUCCUGAAGUUCUGCCAGCCAUAUUGGUUUACUACUGUUUCCAAAGCGUUUGUCUAGCUGAGAAAAUGACCGAUUCAAUGAAGUUCGGACCUGAGUGGUUACGCAACAUGAAGAGUGAUACAUCACUCGGGACCCCAACACCUACUGUCACUGCUACCAUCAAGAUGGCAGAAUUUCGUUAUGGUAGGGAGGAGAUGCUGGCAUUGUUUGACCGCAGUAUCCUACCCCCCGAUCUUCUCAAGCCGAUGCAAGGCCUGUAUGUGGACAAAACCCAACUUCCACUAGCUUUGAUCCAGAUGACUGAUGAAGAGACACGAAUGUGGAACAGGGGGAUCAACAGCGAUGUAGCUCUGCGUCUGAGCAAGCCAGGGGUUGGAGUGGGGGUGGGUAGUGGUAGAGGUGGGCGAGGAGGUUCUGUGGAUCGUGGUAGGGGGCGGGCAAGGGGCUCCUACCAUUACAGCCGGGGACUGAGCUACGAGGAGGAUACCACCAACAAUCGACCUCAUCUGAGGCCGUAUGACCGCACCCAAAGUGGCGGAGGCUGGGGAGAGCGGAACGGGGGUGACCUGGGAGACUACAUGGCUACCAGUCCCCGCAAGGAAUAUGGAGGUGGAAUGCGUGGCGGGAUGGCGGACAAUUGGCGGAAACAUCGUGGUGCGGGGGAGGAAGAUGAGGGUUGGCGGACUGCUCGCCAAGACAAGUGGGGGAGAGGGAGCAGUAAUAGUUGGAGAGAGGGGGACAACUGGGACCGCUCCCGGGGGUGGGAUGAUACCGCCCCCAACUCCCACCCCCCGCCACGUAAACCCUGGGACUCUGAAGAGAACAACCUUCCAGAAUGGGCCAUGGAAAAUCCAAGUGAGAGUGGUGGCAGUUUUGAUGCUACGGGGGCUUUCCAUGGUGGCUCUCACUUGUCGGACGAGGAAGAAAAGGUGGAGAGCCAAUCCAGGCCUACACCUAACCAUAACAUCUCCAACGGCUCCUCCCACCCUCGCCUGCCUGUUCACAUGGAAACUAGUCCAGGUGGCAGUGAGGCCCAGGUGCUGCCAGGUGGUGGGGGCGGUGGUGGUCCAUUGAGACAAUCCCAGUCCGCCACAUGCUUGCCCACCGAGCGCAAUCACCCACUCUCCUCCUCUGCAUCCUUUUCAGGUGUAGACAGCCUGACUUCACAACCUCCUACGCCUAGAGACGGGCGGCCUGAGUCAAUAAGGCCUGUCACAACAUCAACAACGUCUCCCCCUCAACACCAUCCUCAGCCACCACCCCCUGAAGCACCACAACCCAAGCCACAACAAGAUGAGGAGAUCGAGCAGAGGUUGCAGGAUGCUGCAAAGUCUAUCGUGUCUAGACUGGUGGAUGAGGAGGAGAAGGAACCUCCACCACCCGCUGUCCCCUCACCGCCACCUGCCCCCACCGCGCAACCUGAUACCUUCUGGUUCUACAAGGACCCGCAAGGCAAUGACCAAGGCCCAUUCCAGUCGUCGGAAAUGUUCGAAUGGUUCAGCUCGGGCUAUUUCAAGGGCAAUCUACUGGUUCGAAGAGCCUGUGACGAAAGAUAUUCUCCCCUCAGUGACAUGGUGAAGUUAUGGAAGGGAAUUCCAUUUAUUUCAGAUUAUUACCUCGUACCUCCUAUCAAGAAUGCGGAACCAAUGAUCUCCAGCUUGCCUGUAUUGGAUGACUCUCUAAUGAUACAAUUCCAGCUGCAGCAGCAUGCUAUUAUGCAGAGGCAAGCUCAGGCAUUGGCCAAGCUGACUCAAGCAGAACACUUCAACAAUCUCACCCUGGAUCAACAACAGGUGAUGGCUCACCAGACUCAGGCGCAGAUGGAGAUGGGGCUGCAAGCUGGACUGAUGGCCCCUCACCCUCACACUCCCACCCCCCACACAAACAGCAAUGUGCUGGCCAUGCUACAUCAGUUGGCUCAGUAUCAGCAACUACAGCAGCAGAGAGGAGGAUCGGUGCCGGUACCACAAACAGAACCUGUGGACCCUCUUCAGCAGCUUAUGCAACAGAUGGGUCUUCCUGGUCACACCAGGGCUGCCACCACACCCCAGAACACACCCGAGGAUCAGCGAAGCAUUGAGCAGUUUAUGGCUGCCUUCCGUCAGCGCCAGGCUAACCCUCAACCACCUAUGCCUCCACCCACAAUGGAGUCAGUGUGGGGUGGAGGUACCACAAGCCCUGCAUUCCCAGCCUGGUCUGCCCCGACUGGCGGUCAGACUGCUUCUGCCCCUCCACCACAAUCGCUCUGGUCUGAUCCUCUCACCAAGGGCAUCAAGACUGAAAAAGAUAUUCUGGAGGAGCAAUUGCGUGCCGAGGAGAAGAAAGAAGAAAAGAGAAAACAAGAAGAGCUGCUGAGGCUCAAACAAGAAGAAGAAGAAAAGGAAAGAGAGAGACAGAGGCAGAUAAAGGAGGAGGAGGAGCUGGAGAGGAAGAGGAAAGAGGAAGAAGCAGAGAGAAAGAGAGUACAAGAGGAAGAGGAAAGAAAGAAAAAGGAGGCUGCAGCGGCCAAGAAAGCUGAACAAGACCGGCUGAGAAAGGAGGAAGAGAAGAAGAGGAAAGAGGAAGAAAAGAGGAGAAAAGAAGAAGAGAAACGGAAACUAGAAGAAGAGAAAAAGAGAGCUGAAGAGGAAAGGAAGAAGUUAGAGGAAGAAAGGAAAAAAAAAGAAGAAAUGACCCGGAGACAAAAUGAGGCAUUGAAGCGACUGCAGGAACAGCAGCAACAACAGCAGCAGCAGCAACAACAGAGGGCUAGCAAGGCGACAGCUGCCCCCUGGACUUCUCCUCCUGUACCAGACCCCACGGUAGCAGCUAGCCUGGCUGAUAUACAGAAGAUAGAGCGCAAACAGCAACAACAACUGAGAGAGCAGCAGGAGAUGCUGAAGUCGUAUCAAGAGAAACACCAGAAGCAGCUGGAAAAUUCAAAAUCAGGGUCCAAUCUCCACCUUAAGUGGGUGGAGACCAUGAGCAGUCAGCCCGCCCGGGUCAAAAGUUUGGCUGAGAUCCAGGCGGAAGAACAUGAACGAAUGGCCAAACAAGCGGAGAAGGAGAAGGCGGAACGUACGGCUGCUGCCAAGGAGGUGCCUCUGGUCGCAACAGGCUCCAUUUGGGCACAACAAAACCUCUCCUGGAGUAACUCUCAGCAGAACACCGCUAGUGUCUGGGGCACUGAUCCCACAGUCUCCAACUCUGUCAGUGCUCGGUUUUGGGAUGAGGUUAGUGCCAAGCCAUCGAAGCCGGCGAAGCAACAACCUUCCCAGCAGCAACAGUCUACUGCCAAGAGUCAAGCCAAGACCAAGGCAAAGAAGGAGGAAGCUUCGGUGAUGAAGCUUUUCGAAAAGCAGAUUCCCAAGACAUCCAAGAGUGAAGAUUUUAAUAAGUGGUGUGUCAAGACUCUCUCUUCCCAAGCCUACGAGGUGGAUAUUCCAACGUUCGUGGAUUUCCUCCUGGCCUUUGAAUCUCACAAGGAGAUCCGAGAGUAUAUUCGCAUGUACCUGGGUGAUGGCAAGGAGGCCAACGACUUUGCCACAGAGUUCAUAGAUCGGCGGUCUCGCCUCCUAUCUGACCAGCCUCUUCAGCGGCCUGAGCCUCCAGCACACACCAACACUAACCAGUUCCAGGAGGUCAAGGGCAAGAAUAAGAAGGUGAAGAAGAGUAAGAUGACUAAAGUCGACAGUCGUAUUCUAGGAUUCAAUGUGACAGCGGCACCGGACCGCAUAAAUGUGGGAGACAGAGACUACGGAGAAGGCCUCUAGUGGCAGAAGGAGCUUGCAUGUCAAGACCAGCUCUGUCUCACUUCCCGACAAGUUUCAUCCUCUGAAUAGACGCAGAAGAAUACCAAAACUUAUUUUUAACUUCAAUUCUUCUUCCAAACCGAUUUCGUCAGUGUUCAUAACACCUAUUGGAAACAAUAUUUUGUAUAGGAAGUCAAAGAGAAAGAUAUACUUGUUAAUAUUUUUGUUUUGUUUUAUAUAUAGUAUAAAUGAACGAGUGGAAAAGCCGUCAUCUCUGAUGAUUCUGGCUCUUAUACACGCGUGCCUGCCUGUUGGAAAAAAGCAUUAAAAAAAUGUUCAUACA